AUGGAUCCACCAAAUCUCGGCGCGCUGCACCUCUCCGACUCCGACACGGACGGCGACGCGUUGUUCGACACCCCCGCAGCGCGCAAAACGAACAAGACAAAAGAUGUCGAAAGCGAGGCAGAAGGCACCACCGGCUCCAGGCCACGCGCAAAAGAGUCACAUUAUACUGCCGAAGAGGCGCGAGAGGAGGCUUUGCGCAGGGAGCUAGAGAGCAUACGAAACGUGAACAAAGUCAUUGAGGGUGUCAUUGAGAGCCUACAAAAGGCCAAAGACAACAUGGCUACCGUGGCCCGCACUGUGCAAAAUGCAUCCACCCUACUGCAGACAUGGACCCGCAUCCUGUCGCAAACUGAACACAACCAGCGCCUUAUUCUAAACCCACAAUGGCAAGGCGCGUCACAAGAUCUAGUUGAUAUCGAAGAAGAGCAAGCGCAUCGUCAGCAGGCUGCACAACGUCGCGCAGCUGAAGAGCAGGCACGGAGAGAAGCGGCAGCCAGGAAGAUUGAAGAAGACCGUCAACGGGCCGAAGCUGCAGCAAAACCAGGCACGCGGGGCAGGGGCAGGGGCCGACCGCGGGGUGCUUCGACAUCGUCUACAGGAAAUUAUGUCGGAGUAGGCGGGCAGGGAGGACGAGGUAUCAGCCGCAGCGAUUCUACUAGGGGCAGAGCCGGCAGUGGCAUAGGGCGGGGACUGCGUGGCCGGGGACGAGGUCUGGGCUAA